CUCACGGGGCGCACGGCGGCGCGCUCGCACCGUGCGGCUCUCGGCGGCGGCCGGGGUGCGGGGCUGAGCGGGCGUCCCGGAAAGGCGGCUGCGGCUUCCCACCGCGGCCCCGGUCCCUGCGACUGGCCCAGCCGGGCCACCUCUUUCUGCCAUGGCUCUGGCGGACAGCACGCGCGGAUUACCUAACGGGGGCGGCGGCGGGGGUGGCAGCGGCUCCUCGUCGUCCUCCGCGGAGCCGGCGCUUUUCCCCGACAUUGUGGAGCUGAACGUGGGGGGCCAGGUGUAUGUGACCCGGCGCUGCACAGUGGUGUCGGUGCCCGACUCGCUGCUCUGGCGCAUGUUCACACAACAGCAGCCGCAGGAGCUGGCCCGGGACAGUAAAGGCCGCUUCUUUCUGGACCGGGACGGCUUCCUCUUCCGCUACAUCCUGGAUUACCUGCGGGACUUGCAGCUUGUGCUGCCCGACUACUUCCCUGAGCGCAGCCGGCUGCAGCGCGAGGCCGAGUACUUUGAGCUGCCCGAGCUCGUGCGCCGCCUCGGGGCGCCCCAGCAGCCGGGCCCCGGUCCGCCACACUCUCGGCGCGGGGUGCACAAGGAGGGCUCGCUGGGUGACGAGUUGCUGCCGCUGGGCUACGCGGAGCCCGAGCAGCAGGAGGGCGCCUCGGCUGGGGCGCCGUCACCCACGCUGGAGUUGGCGAGCCGCAGCCCGUCCGGGGGCGCGGCGGGCCCGCUGCUCACCCCGUCCCAGUCGCUGGACGGCAGCCGGCGUUCUGGCUACAUCACCAUCGGCUACCGCGGCUCCUACACCAUCGGGCGGGACGCGCAGGCGGACGCCAAGUUCCGGCGGGUGGCGCGCAUCACCGUGUGCGGCAAGACCUCGCUGGCCAAGGAAGUGUUCGGGGACACCCUGAACGAGAGCCGGGACCCCGACAGGCCCCCAGAGCGCUACACCUCGCGCUAUUACCUCAAGUUUAACUUCCUGGAGCAGGCCUUUGACAAGCUGUCCGAGUCGGGCUUUCACAUGGUGGCGUGCAGCUCCACGGGUACCUGCGCUUUUGCCAGCAGCACCGACCAGAGCGAGGACAAGAUCUGGACCAGCUACACCGAGUACGUCUUCUGCAGGGAGUGAGGCCCCAGAUCCCUGCGACUCCAGCGCCCGCUUCCCCACUUCCUUGCUAGGGGAUAAUUACAGGUCUCCCCUCCUGCCCUCUGUUCCCUGGUUCCUCCCGCUGUCUCCUGUAGCUUGGCCAGACCUGUUAGCCCCCAUUGCAGAAUCUGCAACCACAAAUCCUCUGGGCUUCGUCUUCUCUGGAUCUGGCUAACCAAGAGCCCUCAGACCUGGUCUCCACCCCAUCCUUCCUAAACUCCCUGCUUCGAAGCACCCCUCCCCCCGAUUGUACUUAAGUCUGGAUCUAGUAGGGCGGCCUGGCCACGAAGCCACCAAAUACCUGGGAAUGAUGGAAUUAGACGGUGUCCAUUGUGUAGAAGCUUCCUUGAAGUCUCAAGCCCUUUUGACUCAUUUGCGUUUUAAGAACUAGAACUGAAAACACUGUCUGGGGUAGUUUUGUUUUUUAGAGAGCAUUAACAGUCUCUUUAAAAGUAGAGUUUUAGAAGGCUGGAUGGGACUUCGAUAGUGGAAUUAAAACCCCACAGAGGCAAUUCAGUGACUGUAAAUGAAAAAAGUUUUGAUGAGUUGAAGGUUAAAGACUAGUGUGGGUACAGUGAAGGGCUGAAUGUUUUGCACACAGACUAGGUCUUCCCUGUAGUUUAUAAACUGGUAGAAAGAAAACCUCCUGCCGGCGGGGGCGCCCUUUUUCAGGCUAGUGCUAGAAACCCCGUAUUCCACGGGUUGAUAAGGCAGUCUUCAUCGGCAAGAAAGAAAAAGGGCGCUUGCUGCUUUCUAAGAGGAGCUGCCCCCGCCCCAAGCGCUGCGGGGAGUCAGCUGGCAGCGACUAAAUGCGGAGGGGUAGUAGUGCACGUUGUGGGCAGUAGGAUCAUGCAACCAUUAGAACUACGAAUUGGGGUGGGGUAGGGUGGGAGGGAGGAAAGAGGGGAGGAAGGGUGGGUAGGGAGGAGCAAACACACUCAUUUAUUACCUGAAAGUGGAAAGUUCGUACCAUCUGUUUGAGUACAUGCACGUUUAAAAAUUACCAAGCAGUAAACGCAGACUUGCAAAGCAUUUUAUUAAGAUAAGUAACAGACCUAUUCUUAACUGGUAGUUUAUUGAACUGUUUUGAAUCCUAAACUUAGAAGUUGUCAGUACUUGUAUAACCUAACCAAAGAGUUAUCCAAUAGGGCUUUAUUUUUUGAACUUUUGUUGUAUAAUUAGGAAGCCUGAUUUAAAAAUAUACUUGAGCAAAAUGUUUAGUUUUGGUUACUUAGAUUUAAGUUUUCUUAUUAAAAACCUUAACUUUCUCCAAGUCCAGCUAAUGUUGACUGCUGGACAAACCUGAAAUAUGUUGCUACUUUCGUGCAAUUUGUUUGAAAGUAAAGUGGAAUCUUUUCAAGUGACAGAAGUGUAGAAAAAAAAUGUAAGCACUGAGGGCUGCCCAUCUGUAGAUAGCUGUAAAAAGGAAUAUUUUUAAAUGAGGGCAAAUAAGCACUUAAAGGAGAGCUGAGCAAUAAAAUGGUGUUUUAGGUAAAUGCAACAGAAACAGGAGACCUGGCUGCCUUACGCCUUUACACUCACGUGGAAUAAAUUCCCAGUGUAUCUACCCCUUUGUACACUUAAGAGAGAGACACAAAUCCUUCUCAUGCUGAGAGGCGCCCUUUUGAUAUUCUGUGAUGAUGGAGAAGCCUUUUUGUUUGUUUCAGCAUCUUUCUCAGAAAUACGUUUUUAAAGAUUUUAUGAGUCGUUUUCAGUGUUUAAAUUAGUGCUUUUUUCUUUUAAAAAUAAAUCUUGUACUGUAUCUUACUAUGUUCAUGACAGAUGUUACAAAUUGGACAGUUAUUCUUAGACACAUGUGAUUCAAUCUGUAUAUACCAUUUAUGAACAUUUUACAAGAAUUAUUUAGUUUUUUAAUUCAUUUACUAAUGCUAUAAAGUUUCCUAUAUUUAUCCCAGUAACUUGCAUCACACAAUGUAUAUAACUAACGCAAUAUGUUUUCAUGAGUUUAUGUUCUUGUGUAUGGGAGAUUGGGCCAGGAAAAAAAUAUGUAGUUGUAAAUUGAGUUUGUGCCAUACUUUUUUUCUUUGCUGGGGUGUUAGUCAUAUACUAAUCAAAUGUUCAUUAACUGUCUACUUAAAAUCAAGGUACUUGUAUUUUAAUCCAUUAAUUCAUUUUAAUUGGGAAAUAGAUUUAAGUUCUAGCUACAUAUUUUAGAAAAGUUAGCAUUAUAUACAAAGCCUAAUUUUAGCAGAAACCUAGGAGGUUGUGUUUGCUUAUAUGUUUUCUCUGUCCAUUAUGUGUCACAGACAUUUUUCUCUUCUGUAUGGCAUCCUUGUUAGACUACUCAGUUAAAAAGCACAUGAUUGCUGAAGCUUGAGGACAGACCAGAGUUACUGACAGAUGGUAAAUCUCAGUAAGUCUGAUUCUGGUCAAGUCUACUCAACUCCAAGAGGCAUGAAAAACGGAUAAAGUUUGUCUCUGCCAUUGACUCUUACAAGUUUCACCUUGUAAAACUUUGAAUUGAACUGUCUCACUGUCUUACAUAUCUCAGUCGCUCUACCCCUGACCCUGCUCCUGAAUUCCCUACAUUAUUUAAUAGACUGGGAAUUUAAUUUCAGGGACAGUAAAUCCACCUCUUUUUCUAAGAAUCACUGUACCAUCUGAGGUUGGGCAGUACAUGAAAACUUUCUACUUUCAGUGAUAAGGAUUGGGCAACUCAUUUUAUGUUAAGUAGAUAUUAUAACAAAAGUAAAGAUAACUUCAGACCCCUUUCCUCCAUUUGCUGUGCUAUAGAAGGAAACCUUAAGGUCUGGGUGUCCAGUGUCUGUGUGACUAAGCACUGGAAAGAUACCAUUCCAAUUACCUGGGAGAAUGUUGUCAACUGUUCCAGUAAUUACUGCUGCAGUAAUCUGGCUCAGAGAAGCAUGCAUUCAAAUAUGUUGUGUUCAUUAGUAUUUGAUGUGCAUAAAUACAACUGAAUGACAUUUACAAGAAAUUGUUGAUAGCGAUGGUUAAAAAAAACCAGGUACCAUGUUUUCCCAUCAAAUGUUUGACACAUUGCUUUUUAAUAUGUGUAGACUAUGAACUAUAUUCACUUUAAUUUUUCAAAUACCAUGCUGUAGAAAUUUCUUUGAAGAUAUGAGACUUAAUUUUUUCCAUUUUUAAUACCGUUUUUAUUCUUGUGUUUCUUACUUGGAUUUUAGAUUGAUAGCAAAGUGACGAUUCGCCAAACUUGUCUUCUCUUUAGAACUAGUUAUGAGAAAAAAAAUAUAUAUAUAUUCCUGUUGCUUCUCUGAGGAAAUAAAUAACAUAUUCAGAUCAAAUGCCAGUGUUCAUAACAUAUUCUACUUUUUAUUGAAAUUUUCCAUGGAACGUUAUUACAUUAAAGCUGUGUAAGGUGAAUUUUGAUAAUUUUUUUACUGUUUAAAUUAUAGUAAAUUCUAAAUUUACAUAAUUUAGUACUCCUAUAUGAAAAAUGAUAAAUUACAAUGCAGACGUUUAUUGAUUGGAGGGGUUGAAUUCCUUAAGACUUUCGUUUAUAGUCUAAAUUACAAAUACUCUACACAGUUGACUUGUUUUAAAAACAGCUGAAUUUUUUUAAUUGUAAACCUAUCAGUGUCUAUCUUUUGCUGUAGUUUCCUUUUUUCUUUACUAUAAAUCAUAUAAAAUCUGAAUUAAUCUUUGUAGAAGAUCCAAGUCUGUCUCAAGAAAUGAAUAAAAUAUAGUAUUCUUAAUACCAGUAUCUUUAGUAUCUGAAAUAGGUUGUUUUUAUAACCAGAAACAAGUUAUGUUGAAGUUAACUUUUCUUUGUCAGUGUUCUGGACAAUAAUAGUCUGAAAAUAUUAAUACUUGAGGAUUUAGAUUCUCUGCUAAUACUUGAGGAUUUAGAUGGAAGAAGUUCAACCAGAAUAUAUCUCCUAGAGUAUACUCUUAUGUGGAAGGAAGAUGAGCUAGUUGAUCAAGAAUUCUUAUUACUUCCACAUUUUGUAAUUUUUUCCAAGCUAGUUUUUAAAUUCUAAAUGUGUUUUAAGGUAUGUGAACAUUAAUUGUAAUGUAAACGAUUAUACAACUGUCUUUGUGAAUUUAUAGGGAGGUGAAUUUUGCUAAAAGUAUUGAAUACAAAUGAUGAAAAUUCACUAUGGCCACUCAAACACCAUUAGUAGGCUUUUAAUGACAAAAGGUUAAAACAUUCUUCAUGGAUGUGAAUUUUGAAAAUGUAAUUUAUAUGUUGUUUAACUUUUUCCAGGCAUCUGAAAAACUCAUUUGCUGAUAGGAUAAUAUUCUUACAGAGCUCUCUAGGAUUCUGAACUUGUUGAAAAUGUUGUAUGUUAAAUGAUACAUAUCAUUGAGUCAUUUUCUCAAAAAGGAGGAGGAAAAAAUUAAGAAUCUAGCUUUUCUAACAGAAAACCAAGAAAGAAAAAAAAAAUCCCCUCUUUUUUUUGAAAAAGGGACUGAUGAACUCUUUUCAGCGAUGCCCAAAUUUUGAGAAUUUAUUUAGUCACCUAAAGACUCUAGAGAUACUUACUUUCCCUGUUCACAACCAGUUGUAUAACAGAAAUACUCGAUACUGUUUUCUCUGUGUGUGAAGUAAUGAAUCAUUGAUUAUGUGACUUGUUAUGUAUUCUAUUAAACACUAAAGAAUAAAACAUUCACUCCUUUAA